AUGAGUAAGGUUAUUCCUGGUCAAUAUAUAACACCUAUUCAUAAGGUGGAAGAUGGAGAAGUUAAACGGUAUAUAAGUGGCAAAGGAACCACGAUCAACGAGAUUGAAGUUGAAAAUGAGAAAAUCCCUAUAAUUGUAGGUACUAUAUUAGGUAGAGUCAUCAUCAAACUAACCGGUGAUAAUGAAUAUAUUGUAUCAGUUAUACCAAAGAAUCAACCCGAAGUUGAAGAUUUGAAAUCUACGAAUAAUUUACCAAAAGAGAAUGAUAUAGUUUUGGUAAGAAUAACUCGAAUAAAUCAAAGACAAGCAAAUUGUGAAAUAUUAACUAUUGAAGGGUCAGGUAACAUAAUCAAUGAUCUGGGUAUAGGUACUAAUGGAGAAUUAGCUCAUUUAUCUAUUGGUUAUGGGGGUGGAUCUCAAAGUUUAUCCAACCAUUCAACUAUUGCAUCAUCACAAACUUCAAUGAUCAAUGCCAUGUCGAUUGAUGUUGGGGAAAAUUUCAAAGGUAUAAUAAGAUCACAGGAUGUUAGACUGACAGAAAGAGAUAAGAUCAAGAUUCAAGAAUGUUUCAAACCAGGAGAUAUCGUCAGAGCUAUAAUAAUAUCAUUGGGUGAUGGAUCUAACUAUUACUUGAGUACAGCCAAUAAUGAAUUGGGAGUUAUCUACAGUAAAAGUGAUGGAGGUGCAGGUAACCCGAUGUUCCCUAUAGACUGGCAACAUAUGAUUACAGAGAAUGGUAACAUCGAGAUGAGAAAAUGUGCUAAACCUUUACAAUAA